GGGCGGUACCGGGAGGGCGGUACCGGGAGGGCCCCGCUGGGCCGGGCGGAGCGGAACACGGCGGAGCGCUGGGCCCAGCCCCGCUGCGGGGCGUGCGAAGCAGCCGAGCCGGCCCGGAAGGAAGCGCUGCGGGGGCGGAGCGGGGCUGCAGCCGCGGGGUUGCGUGUUGGCGGUGCCGGCGGAGCGCAGCGGAGCGCCCGCACCUCGAGCUCGGCAGCGGAGGGACUAUAAGAUUCAGAUAUGUCCUUCAUAUUUGGUUGGAUUUACAGUGGUUUCAGUAGUGUAUUACAGUUUCUAGGACUGUACAAGAAAUCAGGCAAACUAGUGUUUCUUGGACUGGAUAAUGCUGGAAAAACUACACUGCUGCACAUGCUCAAAGAUGACAGACUGGGACAGCACGUCCCCACAUUACACCCCACUUCUGAAGAGCUGACAAUUGCUGGCAUGACUUUCACUACCUUCGAUCUGGGUGGACAUGCUCAAGCCCGAAGAGUGUGGAAAAACUAUCUGCCUGCAAUUAAUGGCAUUGUGUUCUUGGUGGACUGUGCAGAUCAUGAAAGAUUGCUUGAAUCAAAACAAGAGCUUGAUUCACUAAUGACAGAUGAAACUAUUGCUAAUGUGCCUAUCCUAAUUCUUGGUAACAAGAUUGACAGACCUGAAGCCAUCAGUGAAGAGAGGUUACGAGAGACAUUUGGUCUGUAUGGCCAGACAACAGGAAAGGGCAAUGUAUCCCUGAAAGAACUGAACGCCAGACCGCUGGAAGUGUUCAUGUGCAGCGUGCUAAAGAGACAAGGCUAUGGAGAAGGCUUCCGUUGGAUGGCACAGUACAUUGAUUAAUGCCAAAAUUGCAUCAGCCCUUUCUGUCCCCUCUCUGAAUAUUAAGUCUGCUCCUUAUUUGAUCACUCAGUGUACGUCACUUGAAUUCAUUUGACUCUUCAGUUCUCCACCCCUACGUUUUUAGUGAAUUCUAUCACGUAUGCUAAAUUAUCAAUGUGAGGAUGGAAAAAUUCUUUCAAGCCAGUUUGUAAACUGAAGUUAUCCCAACCUGUGAGCUUUCUAAUCCUGUGCAACAUUCUUUUGCAGCUUUUAAUUUAACAAGUCUCAGGCCCCAUUUUUUGGUCAGAGCAACUUUCCAGUAUGUUUGAAUGCACUUUUUAACAGCUGAAAAACUAUGAACAUGUGAAAAAAUAUUUAAUGCUUAUGUUAAAUUUUUUUAUGUACUUUUUUGAAACUGGUUUUAUAACUUUAGAGUAUAUAACCAUCUUUCAAGGAAUAAUAAAUAAUUAGCUGAUGGAUAAUUGCAUGAUGCCUUACAGUUUUCAAUAAUAUACUUUCUUAUGCAACGUCAUGCAAUAAAUUUAAAUCCAAUUUUUGGCAACUUUAAUGGAAAAUGUUUCAUUUUAUGUGUCUUAACUAGUGAAGCUGCCUGGUGAUCUGAAUAUGUAGGAUAUUUUCCUGAAACACAGAAGGCCACAAAAUAGUUUCAUGUUAUGGUAGAGGAAGGUGUUUUUUUCAGACUACCAAAUUGGAUUUAUUUUAGGAUUUUGUGUUAGUAAAAGAAAAAUCUUGUCCAAAGCCCUUAUCACCACCAUUUUAAGAAAGUAUAAAUAAUGUCAAUCAGAUGUGCCAAUGUAAGUCUUGAACUAAUGUCAAAAGUGGUCUUACUCUACUGGUAUCUUGAAUUAAACCCCUGGAGUGACACAAGAAAUACAGAUUUUUUUUUCUGAAGAAAUUAAGAAUACCAUUGCACUAAAUAUUCUUUUCCUGAAUGAGAUUUGGGGUCUACCAGUGGCUUUGCUUGUGAAAUAUCCAGGGGAAAAAGAAAAUGUUGACAUUGCUGCUCAUGAAAGUGUAUGGGCCCCCCACCCCAUCAGCCACUUUUAUUUUUGGUGUUUUGAACUGGGACAAGAUGGAUUUUUUUUCCUGUGGUUUUGCCCUGAAAGCCAGGCACGUGGCUUAGUUCUGGGGUGAAGUUUGGUUAUGUGCAGUCCUUGUUUCCAGACUUCUGUUUUUCCUCAUCUUUGGGUGAAGCAGGUUCUUUCUGAAGAAGGGGUGUUGAAGCACACAUCUGGCAGUGCCUCGUUGGUGCUGGCUGGCACUGCCAUGGAGCUGUGGUUGGUGUUCCUGUGUGCUGGGAAUGCUUUACUCUCAUCUGUCAAACACAGGUAGGGUUUCAGCCCUGGAGACACCAUUUCACUAUCAUGGAGUUGAGUUUCUCUGUGCAGUAUUUUUUUUCCUCCUUUAAGACUACAAACUGCUGUGAGUGUUUUUAUUGAAUCCCUUUUACUCUCCAUUCUAGAUCUUCUCCAGAAUACUUCAGGCCUUCUGUUUCCAGUACCCAUGGCAGCAGGUGUAUUUCUGACUGGUUUGGUUUCAUAAAUAACUUUCUCUCUUGACCUGCUGGGCUUGAAUCUCAAAUUUAAAGCCUACAGGCUCCUAGCAAAUAAAGGAGACUUAUUCCUUUCCUAGCUCUGAACCUGAAUGAUUGAAUAUUGAUGAUCAAUUCCCCACAGUCCUAGAUUGUGCAUCUGAAUAAUUCAGAACCUAACUAGUGUAAAUUGUAACUGAAGUUUAUUACUGCACAAUCAUAUGCAGAGUGUUGAGCCUAGUUUGUGCAUGGUAAAGUUCAGAGUGUCAGUAUUGAACAGCUUUGCCAAAUGACCAACAUAAAAGAAAUCUGCAUUUAAACUUGUGCUCAGCUGUAGAGGAGUCUCUGCUGCAGAAAUCAAAACUGGAGGAAAGAAAUGGCCUCUCCCCAGCACAUGGACAAACUUGUGAGUCUUUACUACCUCCAGCUGUUAUGUAGGGGACAUGCCUCUUUUUUUCUUCUCUAGAUUUGUUUCUGGUGAUGGUGAUAAUGCAGAGAACAGCAGCUGAAUCAGUGGAUGGUGUCAAUAUCAAAAGCACUCCUUGAAGUCACACUGGGGUGUUGAUGUGGGAUACUUGGGACUGUGUUGCCCAUGCACAUGGAAAUGAAGCUGAAGGUGCAGACCACUUCCAGAGGCUGAGCCAUUCCAUGGGCACUGAGAGGUCCUCUUCACCUGCUCCUCCAACCUACUGUGAAAAACAUGAGCAGGAAGGAAAGGGAUGGUAUGAAGAAUUACACAGAAGGGAGGUGUUACUGAUUUAAAAGUGUGUUUUAAGAGUAAUUCUUAGUAUUAUGGAAAUAUUCAGGCUUCAUGUUCCCUACUGUGGGGUCUAGUUUAAAUGUGGUUGUGACAAGGGCAUGAAGAAACCUGGACCUUGUGUUUGUUUACCUGGGUAUUACAAUGGUUUCCCUUGUGGGAACAGCUGAUCAACACUCGGUUAAAUACACAAAUAAUCCUGCUCUGUUUCAUUUCCUUCACUUGGGGAAGUAUCUUUCUUCUGUAGUUUACACUCUGUUGUACACAUGAAUGUGAAUGAGUGUUGUGUGUCUUUGUGUGAGACUUCCUGAAUAGACAAAUAUACUGCUGAGAGUUUUUCUGGUGGUUUUCUUCCCCAGCCCCUCCACACCUCCCUGACCAUUUAGUUUGGGAGGUUGCUUAUUCCUAUGAUUGUGACCAGUCUUACUUAACUUAAAAAAAAAGCAACGUUCACAUUUGGGCCUGACUUCUAUUAAUUUAUUUAAUUUUUUUUCCACUCUGGACUAUGCAGAAUUCAAUUCAACACCACUUUAAAGAAUGUGAAAAAUAAAACUCAUUAAUAAAGAUGUUAUUUAUGAAAUGUC